AUGGCUGCUGAAGAUUUAAAGCAAGCAUAUGUGAUGUGUUUGCAAAAACAAGCAGAGCAUGCUUUUACAAACAAGGAGAGAUACUUUGAGUGCUAUGCGCAUAUUGACUUUGUGAAUAAACUUUGGACCCCAAUAUUUGAAUUAUAUUUUUGUGAUGCACCAAAUGUCAUAUUGAAGUGGGGAGAGACAGUGUUGGAGAAGACCCCACUUCUCUACACAGCUUCUACUUUAGCUAAGCAAGCACACACUAUCUGUGAUAGGAUGACCUCUAUCGGAGACAAAGUUGAUCUCAGAAUUAUUAGUACAGCAGGUCAUGAUGUUUUAAAUUUUGAAUUUGCUAGGUAUUCUGAAGACAGAAGAAAGAUUCUACGUGAAUCUAAAAAUAAUGGUGAUUAUGUCUACAGAGCUACCUGUAUCAAGAAUAAGAUGAAGAAAGGAUUGAAGAAUUUAGGCAUACAGGUAGCAGCAACUGAAGGAGAAAUUACGGAGACAUACUUACAAGAUGAUGGCCUGUAUACAAGCAGAAAAAUGGGCUCAUUAAGGCUCCCAUCUUGUACAGCAGAUUUGAAAGUGCUUUGUGUUUUAUUUGAACGAUUAGACAAAAGAAAUGCUGUACAUAUUAAAACGAUGACAGUAAAGAGUAAAGAGAGAGAAAAGUUGAGGAGUACUCGUAUUCAAGUUGGACAAGAGGAUCUUGGUUUCCACCAAGCUCAUGUAAAGAUGUUCCUUUUGCUGGCAAUUUGCCGCAAUAUUUCCCUUUCUCCUCUCCCCAUCUUGCUGCAUAAGAAAUGA